AUGUCUCAGGAUUUUCCUAUUGAAAUACAGUCCUCUCCAGAAAGUCCACAUAAAACAUCCUUUGUGGUUGUAGAGUCAGAAGAAGGGACCCCCGAACUACUGCAUGAGAAUAUCAUUAGGAAAAGAAAGCGCGAGUUUAUCGAUACAGACGCAGAUGAAAAUGUAGCGGAAAAUGUUUUAAGUAAUCGAAAUUCUUUCCUCUCAGAAUCUUCAUGUUUCAGCUCCUGCUUUCAGUCAGAAAUCCCAGAACCUGAGGAAGCAAUAGAUGAGAGUACUUUAGGGAAAGGAGAUUUUGACUAUGAAGAUCCUCCAAUAUAUGGUUUUGAGCAAAUACGAGAUGCUACAGCUAGUCUUUCUCCUUUCUCUGAGCCUGUUAUUAAUUUAGCAAGCGAAGAUGAUGCCUUCCCUACAGAGCAUCAUUCUUUCUCAAAACAUGCAUUUGUAGGGGACUUGGAGUACAGGGAAGGCUCGUUCAGUGACGGGAAAUUUGUUGCUACGAAAGGUGAUGGUGUUUUCACAUUAGAUUCUUUCAACCAAAGUCAUGACCUUGAAACAGAAAAAGAAAAUAGGAAUACUAGUAUAAAUUGGAUGAGCGAAGAAAUACAGAAAAGGGAACCCCCUAGAAGCGUUUCAUACGGCUUCAAUAACAUGCCGCAAAAUGAAGGACCAAUUCAAAAUAUUACUCCCAUUCAAGAUCAAGAUCAAGAGCGGCAUGAUCAACGUAAUGAUACGAAUGAACAUAAAUACAAAGAUAUGUCAAUACAGGAACUUUGUCGGAUGGUAGAAUGUUAUGGAUUUAAACCAUCCAAGAGCAAGCGAGCGUUGGUAAAUACUCUAAAAGCUUGUGAUGCUGCUUGUGAGAAUUUAAAAAAACAAGAACUUACUAAAGGUGGAUCCAACGAGAAAGAAAAUACUUCUGAUCCUUCUGUUGCUACUACUUUUGAUGAUAUAGUCACUGAAUCUCAUCGUGCAAUUUCUAAAGCAGUUCGUGAUUCAAAAGAUAAAACAAUCUGGUUAAAGAUGCUGCACUAUGAGCCAUUGGGUUUGGAAGAAUUUACUUUGUGGCUUCGUAAUUCUGGUUUAGACCUGUCUUCGGCCAUCAUUCUUUCUUGGUGUGAUACAUAUGGCGUUCUUGUACAAGGGAGCUGGCAUUCAAACUGUCGAUAA